AUGCCUGAGGAAGGGUUGGAGUUCGCUUCAAUGAAAGGAUCCAUUGCGGCCAACUAUGGCCAUGGGUCAUUCAUGUCGGGAGACCGCCAUCAGAUUCGACAAGAGCUGUUCAGGCAAUGGCUGAACAAACAACCUGAUGAUUUCUUUCUGGAGAUAUCUGAGCAAAUUUUGGAAGACAAACAGGCUGCUUCCGACUAUACUGGGGAGGCCAUUGUUGGCAUCGAGGACCUCAUGAAAAUACCGGGCAUUCGAAAGUUACCAAUGGUUCCCACCGGGGGCUCAACCGAGAUUGAUGACGAACCUGAUGCUGCCGGUCAUGAAGAAGCGGCUGAAGGAGAAGAGCCUGCAGAGGAAAACCAGCCUGCAGCAUCAUCAUCAUCAUCCCAGAAAAAAUGGACCAAGAGCCAGCUCUACAACGCUUACAAAGGCCGUGGGCCUCAUCGGAUGACUUGCGACUUUCUUCACGAACCAGGCCUGCGGGAGCAUCUGGUUAUUCUAGUUGAGUGUGGAAAGCCUUUGGCUGAGAAAUACGUAGCAGAUCUGGAUGCCCAAAAAGGCCGAACCCAAAGGUUGCGCUGGGCUGCUGGUAGGGCCGCACUUGGUUCCUCUUUGAAGACUGGGGUGCAGGUUCUGAAGGUGGCCUUCAACCCCUACUUCCACAGACGUCUGCGUUUGACCCCAGCAUGUCCUGGGAUGACUCUCAACUGUGAUGACGAGCGCAUUGCAGAUGAUGUGGCGCUGGUGCGUUUGGCCACCACAUUCGCAGGGAACCUUGCUUCCAACUGGAUUUGGAGCCAGCAGAUGUUCUCUUUGACGCUUCCGUUUGCAGCUGCGAGCCUGCUGUCAGGGAGCUACUUGGGCGACACACCUAGCAGUGAACUGUGGGCCAACCUGCACAUCAACCCCCACAAAAAGAAUCAUCCGGGUGACGAGGAGAGGCAACGUCACAUGGAUCACUUGCGCUGCAUUGUUGAGGCAACCACUAAGGCUCUUCUAUACCAGAGCAACUUCAACAUUCAGAAUGACAAGGUGGUCCGUCGAAUCAUGUGGCGAAUGCAUGCUGGCUCGAGCACGACUCAAUCAAUCCUGGAGUCGUGCUUCGCGCAUCUCCGGGACCUUGCACAGCGGCAGUCGAAGAGUACUAAGUACGCACCCAGCACUGCUUGGUUUUACAGUGCCUCGUCGCCUUACGUAUCUGAAUCAGGCAUGGGGCAGGUUCUGCCUUCCACCACUGACUGGGCUCAGCUUUUCCAAAAACGAAAACAGCAUCCCAACUGCGAAGAGGUCAGGGCAUACCAGAGGGCAUUCAGAUUAGACAGCAGCCAGCUUCCAACUGCCGAUCACAUUGCAUUUCCUAAGUCAGCGCAAGGAUUCAUCAAGACGUCCUGGCGUAACGCCGGGCCGUUGAGCCAUUACAAGUCGUCAGCUGCCAUGGGCCUGUUGCUGCAAGAUUGUGAGGAAAACUUUGGAAACGUAAACAAGGCCUGGUGCGGCGUUGUGCUGACUCGGAACGGCCUGUUUUACCACACCACAACUGAGAUGUAUUUCCUGUCUCUUGGAUUUCACUCGUGGAGCGCCUUGGGCAUCACUCUGAGCGUGAUGAAGGAUCGCGGCCAGGAAUAUCUCAUCCUCGACCCGUCAAAAGCGGAAUUGAAGUUUCUUACCUGCUUCAACGUGCGGGCCACUAGCAAAUGGAAGCAGGCCGUUGUUGACUACUGCCCGCCAUCAGCCCUUCCUCCACACAUGGAGUUUGCUGCUGUGGGCUUUGCUUGGCGCGUGAAGGAGCUUGAGUGGCCUCUCAGGGUUGGCCUGCGGGAGAAAAAACUACCCUUGAAGCUGGACGAGCUGAAGCAGAUUUGCUUCAUGCUCAGUGUGCGUGUGCUGAAACCUGGCAGCGGCAAGAACGGGAACUUGCUGAAGAGGGACUACUGCAAGAGAGUCGUGGACACGGUGGUCACUGGGGCCACUCCGGAGGAAAAAGAGAAGAUGGUUGCUGCAGUCUGCGGCCUGGAGAAAAAAACCGUUGAUGUUGAGGUUCUGGCAGCCAUGUCGCAGCUUGAUCCAGAAAACCAAGAGGGUUUCCAGAAACUCCGGCGGAUGGCGUUGGACACCCUGGAGGCAAGCAUCUACGGAUCUGCAGAGAAAGCAGCCUCCAAACAGAGCGGGGCCACGUUCGAAGAGGCAAAAAAAAUGCCUGAUGAGAAGGUCCCAAAACUGAAGGAAGCACAUGCCCAAGCUGUGAGUGAAGCAAACAAACGGAACUUCGACCUCACACCAACGGAUUUGAAACUCCUCCUGCCUGGGAAAGGUGAGAUUCGAGGCUAUUUUUGGGCUCGGUACAAUCCACUGGAGGACUCCGUUUUGGUUUCGAUCCCUUGGGGCAUCCUAGACAGUGCGAACGCCGAUGGCAAGCUUCCAGUGCAAAGCUGCCAGCGCUCAUGGCCGACCGCAAGAUGCCAGACCAGCAAAGAUGCGCUCAAAUCUGUUUUGGUUUUUACCUAUGAUCGGUACAAUGAGCUGAACCCGCAUGACAAGCGUGAAAUGUAG